UGGCGUAGCGAUUACCGGAAGUUUUUCCACGCACGGCGCUAGUUUCAAACACUUUACAACUCUUCCAUCAGCCGAAAUGGUUCAAGAAUUUCACGUUUUAAGAUGCUUUGCUUGUGAAACAUUCCAGGUUCAGCAGGUUAAAAAAGCAAAAAAAUGGAAUUGCAAGAUGUGUGGGGAGAAACAAUCAGUCAUCAAGGAAUAUGGCCGUGGCACUGGGGUGGACUGCAGGCAGCACGUCCAGAAACUCAACAGCCUGAGAGGAGAGCUGCUGGAGGAGGAGAAUGAGCAUGCCUGGGCAUCAUGGGAGGAAGAUGAGGAGUGUGAGUACAACCGAGAGGACGAAGGCCUCCCCAGUGAACCCCAUCAGGGUGAUGGAGGAAGCCGCUGGAGUAAGUAUGUUGAGACAGCGGCAACUGUUGAUGGUGAUGAAGAAGAGGAAGUAAACAUUUACACUGAGAGCAAGCGGUUUGGCAGACAGAGUAACGUCAGAAAGAGAAAGAAAGGCAGAGUUGCCAGGCGAGGCUUUGGUUGUCGUGGUGACGAUGAGGAUGAUGAUGACCAGGAUCAGGGAGAAGGGACCUGUCCAUGGAAAUGUGACAAAAGCCACAUAAAGCCACCAGCCCGCUCAAGGCCAGUACACUCGUCUGCUGCUUGGGACGAUCAUGGAUUUUCCAUCCCUUCCCUCCACUCCAACACUCCAACUCCUUCUGCAGCCAGCAAACCCCUGCCCAGUGGAGUCCCUUCCCGAAACGUCCCUGGAAACAGUCACGUUACCAGCCUGUCCACAGAGCCCAAUGCCAGUAGACCGACUGGCCCAGUAGCUACACAGAGACCUCUGGCAAACACAUCCGUCAAUAGAGAGGCUGACUCAUUCGCACCCCGCCCAGUAACCAAGGUGAGUCAGCCCGAGAACAAGUCCUCUAAGUGGGCCAGGUUUCUGUCCUCACCCUCUAACGAGGACCAGGGGGAGAAUGGGGAUGGAGACCCCCAUUGGAGUGGCACAGACGAGAGCACAGAGAAACCGUGGUCUGUGGGCUAUCAGGACUCGGACUCUGCAACAGGAUGUAAGGACCACGACAAUUUUAAGACUAAACUUGAAAAGACUUCACGCGCCAGUGGCCAGUUUGGCGCCGUGCCAGGUUUGGCCAAUCGCUGCGGAGUAGCAGAUAAGAUAAAGUCUGCAGCUGCCUGCUUUGGGUUUGUGAGCGCCACCAAUCAGAUGGCAAGCCCUACUUUCACCACUUCGCCCAUAGACCAGGAAAUGCCAGUCUGUUAUCAGCCCCCGCCUGCCAAAAGACCUUGCCCUGGCCUUGCCGUGAGCUCGCUUUUUCAAACUGAUGAAGACUUUGAUGACACAUUUUAAACACUAGUUUGUUUUUGCAAUGUCUUUGUGGGUUGUUAGUCUUCACAACAGCAUCAGUCUGUUUUUCUUUGUGGUAGUAAUGAUUAAUUUUACUAUGAUCUGUAAAUCCUGGUAAAUUACACAAAAUCUCUUUAAUACUUAUGUAGCAAUAAAAUGAUCAAACUACUAAAAAAA